CCUCCGAACUUUUCGAGCCAGCGACCACAUCCAUAUCUCGCUCACUCACUCACCCACCAUGAAGCCACCAGCAUCCCAGCUCCCUCGCCUGCUCGCAUCGCUGCCGAAGGAGGGCGUGCACGCGCUCGUGCGUCCUGUCCAGUGGCCUGAAAACUCGUUCUGGCGCAUCAACCGCUCCAAGCUCAAGUUCCACACGCAGGAGGGCAAGGACGAGCUGCGCGCACACGGCGUCGCCUGGGGACAGCUCUUCUGGAGGGGCAAGCACCUCCCGCACCCGCGCAAGCGCCAGGAGAAGGUGUCCGGCUCGCUCAAGUGGAAGUGGGUGCACAUUCCUGUGCGCCAGCUCGACGAAAAGACGCGCGCGAGCGUCGAGGCCACCCCGGCUCCUGAGCCUUUGAUCAAGCCCAAGCGCGUGCAGCUCAAGGCGCGACACAUGGCUGCACUGGAGGCGCAGGCAUCGGCGACGAACCCGGUUGAGGCGGACGCGGCGGAGGAGGCGAAGCCAACACAAUAGAGGGCAGAUGCAGUGUGCGAUGCCUGGCGUAGUGUUGAGAGGGGAGGGAGGCGCGCUCGAGGCACCACCGUUCUGCGGUGAGGUGUGCCUGCGGAGUCUGCAAACUCACGUACAGUGAACGUUCAGCGGACAGUAUUGGGAUGUCAGCCUUAGUUUGGGUGUCCGCAGAUCGGCGGAUCUCACUCCUCCUCGACAUCGCCAGAGGACAUGGUAUGCCAUGGCCCAACCCACUGCCACUGAGCGUCGUGAUCAUUGGGCUUGUUGGAAUGCGAUGGUACUCUCCAGGGCUGUACCGGCAGUUGCGGUAGCGAUUAGUAGACUAGAGUAAUACAUAUUUGCGUCGGCGGCGGCCUCACACUCUACCAUGCCCCGCCGUUCCCAAUGAACGCGCGAAC